AUGUCGCCACCUUUGAUUUUCGACUACCCACAGUCUUGCUCUUCUGGCAAGACUUCAGUCAUUGCCAGUCUGGGCAUGGAUGCUCACAAUCUUCACCUAUCCCCUCCACCUCCUUGGGGUUUUCCAGGAGCUGGACAGGCUUGUGGUUUUGGGAUUGGAAUUGUUCUUGAUUGUCCCUCUCCUGCAGAGGAAGCAACUUUGCGGGACUGGGAACUGGAUUGCAAAUUGUGUUUUAUUAAAAAAAUGACAAUUGUUGUAACUUUCACAAAAUAUACUUAUUUAAUCAAUCCUUUUCAUUGCAGCAGUAGAUUGUUACUUCGUCAUGCUAGUCAAAAUUCAUUGGAUGAAAGUUCUCAGAAACACAUUCCGCGAUCUGAGACAAAGCACAAGCUUCCUUACAGAAAUCCACAGCACUUUCCUAAGGCAUUUGACAACCUAAAUCUGAUGCGAAGACAAAGUCAGCUAUGUGAUGUUGUGCUAAUAGCUGACAGCAUUGAAGUUCCUGCACAUAAGAUGGUUUUGGCCUCCUGUAGCCCAUACUUCCAUGCUAUGUUUACUAGUUUUGAAGAAAGUCGCCAAGAUAGAAUAGUGUUACAAGAUAUUGAUGGUAAUGCAUUACAGCUCCUUAUUGAUUAUGUUUACACUGCAGAAGUUCUAGUUACAGAGGAAAAUGUGCAGGUUCUUCUACCUGCUGCAAAUUUGCUCCAGUUAACAGAUGUCAGAGAUGCUUGUUGUGAUUUCCUUCAGUCACAGUUGCAUCCAACAAAUUGUCUUGGUAUUAGAGCAUUUGCAGACAUUCAUGGCUGCUUAGAAUUGCUAUCCAUUGCUGAAAGUUAUGUUGAACAACACUUUACGGAGGUGGUUGAAUGUGAAGAGUUCCUAUCAUUAACUUCUCAGCAAGUCAUAAAGCUCAUAUCUAGUGAUAGACUAACAACUCCAUCCGAAGAAAAGGUAUUUGAAUGUGUGAUGAGUUGGGUAAGUGGCGACCUAACAAGUCGAGAGCAAUACCUUGCAGAACUUAUGGAAUAUGUUAGAUUACCGUUACUUCCACAAGACUACCUAAUUCAGCGAGUGGAAGAGGAGCCCCUCUUAAAACAAGAUACACAAUGUGAGUUAACCUAG